GUAUUAUGCUUGUGAUGUUACUCUGAGUGUAUAUCCAAGCAUACCAGGCAUAUUUUACAAGCUUGCCCGGUGUGGAUAUACACUCAGAGUAACAUCACACGCAUCAUAUUCACCUGAGUACAUUACACCAACAUAGAAAUAAUUCAGAUCUUGUAUUGUUAUGAUUAUGAUUAUGAUUAUGGGGAUUGAAGCAACCUUUUUUCUGUAUUUUUGUUUCUUGGACAGAGGGAUUAAAUUUUUUAAACAUUGCACUACUUUUAUAGGAACCUCACGUGAGGUCGAGCUUAUGUUGCCAAAGUCUUUGGAUAGCAUUCAAACUAUCGCUGAUGAUUGUCUAGUUCUUGCUACCAGUGUUGAGAAAAAGUUCAUUGACGUCAUGGAUUUAGUUGGUGAGCUUCUUGAAGCAUGCACCAAUGCGAAAGGUCAUUACGAUGAAGAGCUGGAAAAAACUAAAGUAGCGAUCGAGGUGUUGAAUGAGAGCAAAAAAUCUGUGGAACAGAGGCAAAAAGAAACCGAGAAGCAAAAGAAGGAAACGAUGAAGGAAAUGGAAAAUGCAGAACGGGAAUUCAAGGAUGCGAUGGAACAAGUACCAUCAACUGGGGAUUUAUUGGGGUUGGCUGUUGCAGAUGCCUUUAUUGGGGUUGUUAAAAACAUUACCAAUCUCAUACCAGGCUCGUCUGAAAAAUCUGGUCGUGUCUCCAAACCUGUCGAUGCCACCUCCAGAAGCAGCCCAACAAAGCCAGAAUCUUCGCUGAAUGAUCUGAUUCUCCUGGUUAGCGAAAUUCAAGCGCAAACAGCUUUCAUCGAGGACCUUGCUUUUGGUGAUAAAAGUGAAGGAAACGGUCGACCACAAUGGGAAAUGAUUAAUAAAGGAGCUGAAAAAGCCAAGCAAAUAUUUAAAGGUUUCCUGAAGAAGCUUCCUCGCACAGCUUCCCCCCAAAUAGAUGAAAACCUGAAGAAACUUUGCACCGAUGCCAUGGAUAUCUGCGAGAUGUUAUUAAAUCUUAGAAAAGCCUUCAAGAGAGACAAGGCGAACGUAGAUGCAGUCAUGUCAAAAGUAGAAAAACUCCGAAAGGAUGUCGAGACAGCCAGUCUUGGGUUAAGCAUGGCAAAUGGUGGAAAUUCAUUAUCGAAUAAAUCUCCGCAUCAAGCGACCCAGCAAGUUGAGAAUGACGAAAGUUUAAUGAAGUCAGCGAUGCAAUCUGCACGUUUUAAAACAGAAAUGGCAAAGCAGAAUUUGACCGAAAGCCGAAAAAGAUACGACCAGUCUUGUCAGGAGUUCGAUACAAGAAUGAAGGAAAUGGGAGAAAUAUUGGCUGACCUGGCAAAACAAAAUCCAAAGAAAUUAAACUUGGAAGAGAUAACAGCAACUUUGGUGAAGGGAAUGAAAGCUCUUGGCGAACUGAGAGAAGAGUGGGGUAAACUCGUCCAGUUUUUUACAAUGCUUUCGAAUCUUGUCAAGUGUUGCUUGGUCACUUCAUUGAAACAGUUCGUUGAAACAUCGAAAGUUCAAAAAGAGCUUGGUGGGCAGAUGUCCGACACGAUGAGAGACGUUCUUUUCGAAGAAGCAUUUAAAGCAAAUCAAAUCGCAUAUGUUGUAAACACCAUUUCUGCUACUUAUACUGAAGUUUCUCAGAAGCAUCUCAUGGGUCGUAUCACCUGUCUUGGUAGCCUGAUCUCACUCGAUCCCACUAGCGCUACGGAUUUGCCAAUAAUCAUGAAAAAGAAAGCCGAGCUAACCCAAGGUUGCGAAGAAGCCCAAGAAAGCAUCAAAGCCAUCGCAAAACGAAAGCAGAAAGAUAUCGCCGAAGCACUGGAUAACAGGAUUGGGAGAAUUAAAUUUGAAGUGGAAGCUGUUAUGCCCGCGAUGGAAAAAGCCGAGAUGAAAGAAAUAGAAGAUCAGGUGAAAACAGCAAAAGGCAUUCAAAAAGCUGCAUUACAAAUGCAGGAUAUUGAUGAUUUAGUUUAACUGAAAAUGAUCGGUAAAUUUGGACUGAAUAUUAAUCAGUACUUAUGUUCUAUUUAGGCAUGUUGAUUUGUAGGCCUAUUUGCUAGCUUUAAACGUAUUUUAGUCAAUAUUAUAUUAUAGAACUAUUAGAUAAACCUUAACAUUUGGUGGUUCAGGAUGGCAUGUUAACGAAUUCGCAUGGACGCUUUAAAGUCUAAAUCAAGAAAACGAACACAGGGAGCAGAUAUUAGUAAAGAAGUAACUGACUUUUCAAUCAGUUGUAGUUUCAAAAAUGGAUAUUAAUUAAAACAGGCAAAUUAAUAAUUGACGGGAAUUGUAGUAUGUUAGCGGUAUUGACUGGAUAAUUGACUGGAUAAUUAAAAUGGAUAAUUAAAACUUACAGCAAUUAAUUAAUUAAUUAACGGGAAUUGUAGUAGGUUAGCGGAAUUGACUUCAAUGAAUAAAUACUGAAUAGAUAAUGUAUUUUUGCGUUUAGUGUUAUGCACUUAGUGGAAAUAUAUAUUUGCGAAGAUGUUCUCUGAGUGUGUCCAACUGGGCAAACGAAAAGUUUGCUUGAUUGCGGUUGGAAUCAAGCCCAUGGCACUGUAGCUUUUGUGAUCAUUAAAAACACGGUGAUAUUAGCGAAAAUAUCUUUCACUUGGGACAUCGUAGUACAUUUGGCAGAGCUUUUUGGAUCAGAAAACCAAAGAUCGCUGGUUAGAUUCCCAUCUAGGUCAAGC